GUCGAGCAAAGGGAGGGGUGUUACAUCUCCCGCACGAAGAGCCGAACUUUACCGCUCUGGUUCCACGAGAGGAGCCGGGCGGAAGAGAUGCCCCGGGCGGCUUUGGCGGAUGGCGGCGCCGCUCCGUCCUCCGCGCUGGCCCCGGAGCAACGAGGCUUGGCGCAGGAGUUGUUCGGGCUGCCGCCACCGCCGCCGACUUCGGGCUGGGAACGACUCCGAGCGCUCGUGCGCCCAAAUGAAGUAAAUCGAUACCCAGAAGAAACACUUAAUAUAAUCAAAACAGCGGUUGCAGCAGGUUUCAUUGGUUUGUUCUAUGGAGGAAUGCCUGCUUUUAUUUCUGCCAAGAAACAGUACAUUGAAAGGAGUGAUGGAAAAGUUUUCUAUAAUCAGCUGGAUGCUGUGCAAUCUGCACAUCGUGCAGGAAUUAGGGGCUUCGUCCGUUAUGGGUGGCGAUGGGGCUGGAGAGUUGCUGCUUUUGUGGGAACAUUCAACAUAGUCAACACUGGUCUAACUGUGUAUCGUGAUAAAAAUGCUGUCACCCACUUUGCCAUUGCUGGAGGUUGUACGGGAGCCUUGUUCCGAAUGCACUUGGGGUUGAGAGGUUUGGCUGGAGGGACAUUUUUUGGAGCAUUAUUGGGUAUCCCUGCAGGAGAGUUUCAGAUUGUUCUGCAAAAGCUUUCUGGUGUAACUUCUGAUGAGGGAAGAAAGCAGAAGCAAAGGGAGCUAUAUGAACAGAAGAUGAGAGCAUGGGAGAAGAAUCUUAGCACCACAAAGAGCAUUUUAGGAGAAACAGAUGAUGUUUCCGGGGGAAAAACUGAGGAGAGAAUUUCUGGGAAGAUGCAGUAGUUUUAAGAAUUUGUCCCAAAUCAUCAGUGACGAGAGAACUGUGACACACAGAGGAAUCUUGUGUUCUCCAUAAUCCUUGCUGACCAAGACACAAAAAACUGUGCUAAGAAGGGCUCUUAGGUUUGGUCAUGUAAACAUACAAAAUGGAAAUUUUGGCUCCAGA